CUUUUUGUUUUUCUUGUAGUUCUGCAUUUUACUCAAGAGAGUUAGAAUUAAAAAAUUAAAAAUGUCUAGUAUAUCGCUGAAAGCUUUCUUACAACCGUGUAACCCGCUGCUAAGUCUGAAACGAUUCCGUGGUAAAAUAAACAUUCAGCGACCUCGUGCACCACAUUAUGAAAGGGCUCGUGUACUGGAGCUGGUCAAACCAAUUUACAAAGAACCCGAGUUCAAUGCACCGUGCUUUGAUACCAAGAAAGAGAAAUUGGCCGUGGUGGAAAAUACGUACGAAAAAAUUAUCGCUCGGGAGGUUCGGAACUGGCUGGACCAGAGUAGCAUAGUUGCGUUUAUCCAUCUGAAUUCGAUCAAACAGGAAGAUUUUUUCAAGGCGCAAGUUGCUCUACAUCGUUAUCAAAUGAGUGUAAAAGUGUACGGCAAAUCCAUCAUACGGCAAGCGGUAGAAAACACAAAAUAUGAGGCUAUUCAGCCCUUGUUUCUAACCAAAACAGCGCUAGUAUUUGGCCCAGAUGAGACCAAAGUGAAACAGCUGCUAAACGUACUGAAGAAAACGCCCCAGUUUGUGUUAGUCGCUGGCAUCAUAAAUGGACAGUUUUUGAGUAAAAAUGAGUUCGUAAACUUUGCGUCUCUACCGGACUUGACGACCGCUCGUGCACAACUGGCGGCAAUAUUGAGCAGUACUGGAGCGCAGAUUGUCUCAGAUUUGGAGGGUCACCAGAAUCAGCUAGUGAAUGUGUUGGAGGCGUUCGUACGACAUGAAAAAAGUAAAACUGCUGACUCUAGCAGUGAUGGUACGGAAAAUAGUAAUGUUUAAUGUAGCAAAAUUGAAAAAAUAUAGUUUCAUAUAAU